AUGAACCUUAUGAACGAUAUUGGAGACGAAGGCGACGAUGGCGUAGUUGAUAUCCAUGAAAAAAUUCAUUUAGAUUUUUGGAAUGAAUCUGAAAACAAAAUAAGGGUAGGAAUGUUGUUUGAAAAUAAGGAUCAGGUAAAAAAGGCAGUAAGACUUUGGUCGAUCAAGCAAAAUAGAGAGUUUAAGGUUUGUGAAAGUAAAAGUAGUUUUUGGAUAGCAAAGUGUAAAACUCUUGGCGGUGAAGAAGGAAGUUCUAAUACUGACCCAUAUACACCACAGUGUGCAUGGAGAAAAGCCAUAGAGAACAUUUAUGGAACUUGGGAAAGUAACUUUGCAGAGUUACCCAAGUACAUUUCAACUUUGCAAACUUCAAAUCCUAAUACCGUCGUGAAAUGGUUUCAUAAUCCAAAUGGCUCAUCACAUGUGGCAACAUUUAAGUAUAUUUUUUGGGCUUUUGGACCUGCAAUUAAUGCAUUUCAUCUAUGUCGACCUGUUAUUUCCAUUGAUGCUUGUCAUUUGAGAGGUUCGUACAAGGGUAAAAUGCUUAUUGCUGUUACAAAAGAUGCCAACAAUAAUAUAUUACCAGUUUCUUAUGCCAUUGUUGAUGAGGAAACUACACACAGUUGGAGUUGGUUUUUGUAUCAGUUCAGACAUUUUGUUGCUCAAGACAGACAAUUGUGUGUUAUUUCAGACCGACAUCAAGGAAUAAUUCAUGCAAUGGCAAAUCUAGAGGAAUGGGAAGAGCCAUUGGGAUACCAUCGAUUUUGUCUUCGACACAUCAGAAGCAAUCUCAUGAAAAAGUACAAGAACGUGAGGCUUAAAUCAUUUUGUUGGGAUACUGGAAGCACCACACAAAAAAGAAAGUUUGUGAAGUAUAAGAAACAAAUCAAAGCAAUCAAUCUCGAAGCUUGGCAAAAACUUAGUGAUGCUGCAAUGAAUUGCAAUACACCUCUACCAUCACGUAUGUGGCGUCUCUUUCGUAAACGUGACACUUCUGCACAAAGUCAUACUUUAACUGAGUUCAACUAUAAUGAAGGUGUCUAUAGAAUUGUCACCAAGUUACGAAUAAAUGAAAACGGAGGAAAUACCCACACUAUCAGUUAUUAUCAACAUACAUGCACACGUGGUAAGUGGCAGAUGAAAAGAUUCCCUUGUUCACAUGCUCUUGCAGUUUGUCGUUUUAGAGGGGAUAACCCUUUUUCCAUUAUCAAUCAUGUUUACACAACUGUGACGUACAAGCAAUAA